GGUGUCGAAGUCUUAAAUGGGAAGAUCCAGGAUGUCUACAAGCUACCGUCGCCUCUCCCUUGCCAGACAAAUCCUGCGGGAGAACCCGUUAACCUGCGUAUCCCCUUCCCACCAGCAUCCGAAGAGGAAACAAAAGUGGCUGCUGAAACGACCUCUGAAGCGGCCCCUUCAAUGUCCACCCUCAUCUACAAGAACAUGGAGAGAUGGAAGAAGAUCCGACAAAGGUGGAAAGAAGCUUCACAGAAGAACCAGUUGCGCUAUGCCGAGAGCAUGAAGAUCCUUAAGGAGAUGUAUGAACGGCAAUGAAGAGGGGGGGGGGGGCAUGUCGUCCUGGGAUCCCUUGUCUUCUCAGCUGACGUGACUGCUCCCGAGUUUGUCUAUCAAUAAAUGCGGCUUUUGUUUGCAGAUGUUGUGAGUGUCUGUAGAUUUUGUGAGGUUGGGACUUCACCAGAAGACAUACCAGGAGCCCUAUAAAUGCAUGCAUCGUGCAUGCUAUGAUCCAUGUCUUUCCCAACCUAAUUAUCCAUGAUUAGCUGAGCUGUGGCCUUGGUUCACACAACAUGCUCAACCAUAGAUUAAAGACAUUGGCUAGGUUCCUGCCACAUUGGCCACCACCUGACUUCAACCGAUAUAUUGUGCAAAUACGAUUCAUAUGUUUAUGAGCCGAGGUGGCACAGUGGUUAGGGUGCAGUACUGCAGGCCACUUCACCUGACUGU